AUGUCAAGCAUUUACCAGACUUUGGUGCUGUUGCUGCUGCUGCUGCUGCUGCAAAUACGUGGAAAAAUCACCUUAGCCAAGCCAGCUGCGCCACAGUACAGCAAUGCAACACUGCAACUCGCGCGUGGCAUACAAAUGGCGGCAUAUAUGGAUGUGGAUGUCAAUCCAUGUGAUGAUUUCUACAAUUGGGCCUGUGGGCAUUGGUCGCUUAGCCACCCAGCUGCGGCAUCAAAGCGCAAAACCUCAUUCGUGGGACUAUUGGAAAAUUUGUAUGUGAGCAAAUGCGCGGCGGCACUACAAAAGCCCAGCAAUAGCAAUGACGCAGCUGCGGCCGAUGUAUAUUUGGAUAAUUUGCUGAAAGCGGUAUUUGAUUCAUGCCACGAUACUAAGGCAAUAAACACCGUGGGCUAUGCACCCAUUUGGGAUGCCUUGGAGCUGCAGGGUGGCUGGCCGUUCACCAUCGACGAUGAGUGGUUCGAAAAUGAGUACGACUGGCUUAAGACUGUGGUGUUGGCCAAACGUAAAUUCAAUGCUGACGUGUUUAUUGCCUUCGAAGUGGUGAAGGACCUGCAACAUCCUGAGAUAAAUCGCAUGCAAUUAGGUGCGCCAGAGCUAGCGUUGAAUGAGAGCGAAGCAGAAUUUAGUGAAAAUUACGUGAGGCAGCGUGAAAAUUAUCAAGCGCACAUAGCGGAAAAACUACAGCAACUCUUUCCGGAAAUGCCGAAUGGUUGGUCCGAGGAAGUCGCCUCACAGGUGAUACAAGUCGAAGAGAAGUUGCUCAAGGCAUUGCCCAAUGCAACCAAUGCCGAAGCACCACUUGACCGCUACGUUGCUGAACUGAAGGUGUCUUACGGCAAUUUUGUGGACUUGAGCCGCUAUCUGCAACUAAUGUUCGAUCGUCCGAUUAACGAAAAAGUCUAUGAAACGCCGAAAGGUUACUUCAAAAACCUUGUCGAUGUCAUACGACUCACGCCCAAGCUGACGCUGGCCAAUUACACGCUCUGGAAAGUUUUGGAUCAAUUCGAUUUGGGUGGCAGCAAAGAGUUUUGCGUACGCAAGCUGAUGCAUUUUCUGCCACAUGAAUUAGAUUACUUCUACUAUCGCAACUAUGAGGAGCCCGGUUUGUUCAAGGAGUUGCAGACACUUUUUCAUAAUGUCAAAUACAAUCUUUACGAUGAGUUGCAGACCUCGCCGCGCUUCAGUUGGAUCUCACCGCAUACGCUGCAGAAUUUGAGAGAAAAACUACGAUCGAUGCGUGUGGAAGUUACGCAAACGCAAGAGCAGGUGGGUUUGUUUCAAGGCGACAUUAAGCCGCCCAACAUGCAAUCGAAUCAAUACUACAGCAACAUCAUCAGCCUGCUGGAAUGGCAAAAUGAGAAGCGGCUUUUCAAAUUGCAUCAAGGCGCUGCCCUACUCAAUACGCCACAAAAUCACACGCAACGCAACGCACAAAAUAUGCUACCCUCUUACAAUUCACGCACCAAUACCGUGCAAUUACCAGUCGUUUUCCUGCAGUCACGCUUCUUCUGGGAUCCUGUCUAUCCUGUAGCGCUCAAGCAUGGCACAUUCAGCUUCUUACUGGCGCAACAAAUUGUGCGCGGUCUAAGCGAUGAUGAGAGCGAAACCGAUCGGCAUAAAGUGUGGGAUAUUCCCUCUGAAUUGGCGUUCGCAAAACGUGCCAGCUGUUAUGCCCAGCAGACGCAGUAUGCAGCGAAGGAGUUCCGCGGCCGAAAUGUGAACGAUCGCGAGCGCCUAAAGACGGCGCUCAUAGACAAUGGCGGUCUCGCCAUCGCUUUUCGCGCAUAUGAGAAGGCGCUGCGUGUCACAGGGGAGCGUGAACCAGGCGUACUGCCACGAUUGCCCAUCACGCAUAUGCAGCAGUUUUUCCUCGCUUACGCGCAGCUCUUCUGUGCUGAUAAUGCUGCGGAAUUGCCGGAAUAUGACGUCCUGCCGGAAGCGUUGCGUGUAAAUGGCGCGGUUGCGAAUCUGGCCGAGUUUGCAAAGGAGUUCAAAUGUAGCGGCGAGAGUAAACUGAAGCCUAAGGAGAGGUGUAUAAUUUUUUAG